GAUGACGCCAUGUGGCAUAAUGGUAGCCUCCAUUAUGAAUUUCAGACUAAUGAGCUACCAGCCUCAGCAGCAAGAGCAGAGUCGCUCUACAGACCGCUCGACACCGCGCUGGCAAACGUCUUCCACUGUUCAAAUUGCUCGACUUCGCUCUGAAACCGACGAUCUCGGACUGUCCAUCUUUUCGUUUGAUUUCGAAGACUGCGCCAGACCCAGCCGGAUUUCACAAUUAAGAGGAAAAUAAUUAGGUUUGUUGAGAAAAAACAGCGCAUCGCUGGUGUAGUAAGGAAAGUUGAUAACAGUCAAGUGCUGCUUCAAUUUACUCACUUCCGUCUCCAACCCCUCACCAAAACUUGCCCCGUAGCUUAUGUAUCUUGAGCUUUGGCAAUGAGAGAGUCAUACUGUAUGUUUCACCAUAAGGGAGACGCCGUGCUUAUCCAUUCUACGAACUGGCACGAGUCUUUUCAGUGGUCAGAUGAGAGACUUUCAAUACACGCACAUACGCCGGCCGAAAGCACGGCCAUUAAAAACUUGAGGCUAGAUGCCUCACCUGAGGGUCUCACUGCUAUUCCCCGCGGGGAUCGAGAAGAUGUCGAUAUUAUCAGUGAGGAUAUCCCUGCCAUUGAAGAGCCGGCCGCUAUGCCCGUCGGCGACGGCCCUGCAUGGAACAAAAUGUUCACCCUAACUCAGGACAUACACUUUGGAGAGUAUCCCAGUGAUGCACCGGAGGAAGUCUACUAUCGAAUGCUAGUUUCCUCAUCACAUCUAGUGCUAGCUUCUCUGGUUUUUCAAGCAAUGGUUGAAGGUCCAUAUGUGGAAGGCUCAACCGUCCAUGGUGGGAUUUAUCGAUUUACUACUCACGGAUGGAAUCAGGAAGCUCUUGUUAUCGUUCUUGAUAUUAUACAUGGACAUCACCGGAGCGUACCAAAAUCACUUGAUCUGGAGAUGCUCGCAAAAGUGGCUGUCAUCGUCGACUAUUAUAAGUGCCACGAAAUUGUCGAAGUUUUUGCUGAAAGAUGGUUAAAAGCACUUCAGAAUGGUCAUACAGUCCAUUAUGGCAAGGCCUCCAUGCUGUGGCUACUAAUAUCAUGGGUAUUUUCGUGUCCAGAGAUAUUCAAAAGCAUGGCUGGGCUCGCGUUGAAACAUAGCACAAAGCUCAUUUUGGCAGAUAAUGUACCGAUUCCGGGAGACGUUUUGGAUCGGAUCGAUCAAGAGCGUCAGGGUGCUCUAAGCAAAAUAUUUACUACACUAUACGGCCUACUCGAUACUCUGCAACAUAACUCAGACUGCUCUUACGAGUGUUCAUGCAUCUGGCUGUGGGCAAACUCGAUUAGUUUUCUGAUUAGGUUUGCUGGUUGCUUAUGGUAUCAUGUUAUAAGGGUAUUUAGCGGGCUCUUCCGUGGCACUUUGAUGUGACUGAGAUCUUGUAUAACAGUAUUCUGGUGUAGCUAUACAGGACUAGACUACUGGAGAUGCACUACACAGAAGCGGAUAUCUGU